AUGUAUUCUUCUGAAUCUAAGGAACAAUCUAUUGAUUUCGUAGCCCAUGACGAUAUCCCCUAUUCUUCUGCGGGGAGUGAUGACGUGUAUAAGCACAUUAAGGAAGCAGGCAUGUUUGCUCCGACACAGAGGACAGAAGGUAUCGCCACAUCAGAUAUCAUCACCCGCAUUGUCCGUGACUAUGAUGUAUAUGCAAGAAGGAACCUCCAGAGGGGCUACACUGCCAAGGAGCUCAAUGUCAGCUUCAUCAACGAGAAGAAAUACCACUUGCAAGAAUGGGUUGAUAAAGUCAAGAAGAAAGUGAAAGAUGUGGAAGAAAAAUCCAAAGAAUUUGUGCAGAAGGUGGAAGAAAAGAGCAUUGACCUCAUCCAGAAGUGGGAGGAGAAAUCCCGAGAAUUUAUCGGCAGUUUCCUGGAAAUGUUUGGUCCAGAAGGGGCGCUGAAACACAUGCUGAAGGAGGGGAAAGGCCAGAUGCUGCAGGCCAUCAGUCCCAAGCAGAGUCCCAGCAGCAGCCCCACUCACGAACGCUUCCCAUCCCCCUCCUUCCCAUGGCCCUUCUCUGGCAAGACUUCCCCAACUUCCUCCCCAGCAAGUCUCUCUAGGCACAAGGCUGUGACCUGUGACAUCAGCGAGGAUGAAGAGGACUAACGUCCCAUCCCUGUCCCCUCUCCCUCCCCCUGCCUGUCACCUCCAGAAGCUCUCGAUGGAAGAAUUCCACUCUGUGAUCCCAACACUAAACCCAAGGACAUCUACAAAGGAAAGGCGAAGGGGCAGGAGGACCCGGGCAUGGGGAAGCAGACCACCCGUGCCCCGCGACCUCUGCCAGCCACACCCAGGGGGUUGAGCACAUCUUAGAAGCAAGCUCGC